GGGACAGUUUCGCUAUGUCACCCAGUCUGGAGUACAGUGGCGCGAUCUCGGUUUACUGCAACCGCCGCCUCCCAGGUUCAAGCGAUUCUCCUGCCUCAGCCUCCCGAGUAGCUGGGACUAAAGACAAGCACCACUACGCCCGGGUGAUUUUUUUUAAAAAUUUUUUAGUAGAGACGGAUUUCAUCAUGUUGGUCAGGCUGAUCUCGAACUCCUGACCUCAACUGAUCCGCCCGCCUCGGCCUCCCAAAGUGCUGGGAUUACAGGCGUGAGCCACCGCGCCCUGCCAAACACAGUUUUAUCAGGAAUCAAAACUGUGCUCUCUUCUGGACUCUCAGCUUUAGCUGUUUGGAGCAUUUAGUCUAACCCUUACCACUUACAUUGUAAUGUGAAGAUCAAAUUGUAACGACAUGGCAAUAAUAAGGCUCCUAUUGGUUGGGUACCACCAGUUUAUGCCAGGCAUUGUACUGAUUCAUGUCUUUAAUCCUCAAAACGACCUUCCGAGGUCAGCCUUUUUAUUCUCUUUUUCCAGACGAGCAAACUGAGUUUCUGAGAAGUCACACCCAAGUUGGUGGCAGGGCUGACGCUGGCAUGGGGUUGACUCCAAAGCUCUCUACGCCACGAGGGUAGGAAAGACAAUGAAACACAAGCAGAAUAAUGAGAACUGGGAUCGUAACUUCAUUAAAUGAGAAGCCAGGGAACAGGUGGCGGACGGCACGCGGUUCUCUGCACGGAGUCGCUCGGGCGCUUUGAAACACCGCGCGGGGGAGCGGGGCGGUGCCGGAAGUCAGGCCAUAGCUUCCGGUUCUUGCGCCGGAAGUGGCCGGUCAGCGUCGUUGCCGGUCUCCGGCGGAGACUGGCGCUCUGAAGUUUGAGCUGACGGGGCGGCCACGAGGUACACUGAUCUUCCGUCCUAAACACGUCUGCAAGUCGAGAUGUCGCACCCGUCCCCCCAAGCCAAGCCCUCCAACCCCAGUAACCCUCGAGUCUUCUUUGACGUGGACAUCGGAGGGGAGCGAGUUGGUCGAAUUGUCUUAGAAUUGUUUGCAGAUAUCGUACCCAAAACUGCGGAAAAUUUUCGUGCACUGUGUACAGGAGAAAAAGGCAUUGGACACACGACUGGGAAACCUCUCCAUUUCAAAGGAUGCCCUUUUCAUCGAAUUAUUAAGAAAUUUAUGAUUCAGGGUGGAGACUUCUCAAAUCAGAAUGGGACAGGUGGAGAAAGUAUUUAUGGUGAAAAAUUUGAAGAUGAAAAUUUCCAUUACAAGCAUGAUCAGGAGGGUUUACUGAGCAUGGCAAAUGCAGGCCGCAACACAAAUGGUUCUCAGUUUUUUAUCACAACAGUUCCAACUCCUCAUUUGGAUGGGAAACAUGUGGUGUUUGGCCAAGUAAUUAAAGGAAUAGGAGUGGCAAGGAUAUUGGAAAAUGUGGAAGUGAAAGGUGAAAAACCUGCUAAAUUGUGCGUUAUUGCAGAAUGUGGAGAAUUGAAGGAAGGAGAUGAUUGGGGAAUAUUCCCAAAAGAUGGCUCUGGCGACAGUCAUCCAGAUUUCCCUGAGGAUGCGGAUAUAGAUUUAAAAGACGUAGAUAAAAUUUUAUUAAUAACAGAAGACUUAAAAAACAUUGGAAAUACUUUUUUCAAAUCCCAGAACUGGGAGAUGGCCAUUAAAAAAUAUGCAAAAGUUUUAAGAUACGUGGACAGUUCAAAGGCUGUUAUUGAGACAGCAGAUAGAGCCAAGCUGCAACCUAUAGCUUUAAGCUGUGUACUGAAUAUUGGUGCUUGUAAACUGAAGAUGUCAAAUUGGCAGGGAGCAAUUGACAGUUGUUUAGAGGCUCUUGAAAUAGACCCAUCAAAUACCAAAGCAUUGUACCGCAGAGCUCAAGGAUGGCAAGGAUUAAAAGAAUAUGAUCAAGCAUUGGCUGAUCUUAAGAAAGCUCAGGAGAUAGCACCAGAAGAUAAAGAGAUGGGGUUUCGCCAUGUUGCCCAGGCAGACUGUCCAACUCGGCCUUCCAAAGUGCUGGGAUUACAGAAAUAAGGAAAAUAAAAGUUGGAAGAGUUACCUGAAAGCCACCUUCAUUGAGAGCUCUGGCUCCAUAUGCAAUCCUUUUUCCACCUUCCAAGGUUGGCCGAAUGCUAGGAUGGUGUUUCCACCUCUGGAACUCUCUAAAUGGACUCAGGUAUGGAUUCUGAUAGUCUAGACCAACCUUAAAAAUUUACAUUUAUAUUAAAUUAGACAUUUUUAUUUCAAAUUAAAUCAAGCUAAAAUGUGAGCCAUGUUUAUCAGAAAACAAGUAUGUUAAAUUUCUUGUACUCAAAAGUAUUCGGAGCACUAUGUGCAGUAAUCCAAAUGUAAAUUAAAAAUUGUAUAAAAUCUGUUUGGAAAAGAAAAGGUAAAAGGAUAGCAUGUGUUUAUUAUCAUCAAAAUUAUGAAAAUUUAGAACAUAUUAACAAAUCCUUGUGCUCUGGAACUCAAAGUCCAAAUUAGAAAAACAUAAUCUAUCAUGAGAUUAGAAAAUAAAAAUGAACAACAAAAAAAACAAAUUAGAACAAUAUCUGUAGGUAAGCAUCUCAGAUUAUGUUUCUAUGAAAGGAGCUGUAAUGAUUUAUUAUACAUUAAUCAAUACCAAUUUGAAAGAAACUAAUAAUCUAUACUACAGUACAACUGGGGCAAAAAUAAAAAGGAUGUAAACUACACUUAGAAAAAAAGAGGCAAAGAAAUAUAGAAGGUUACAUUUUAGAAUGCAUUACCAAAGUGUUAAAAUUAACCACAUCUUUUUCCUUUGAUACAAUUAAGUCACAGGAAUAAAUAUCCAAAGGUGAUGGGAUGAACAUUUGACUGGGGGGUCAAAAAACACCAGUAACACAUAAAUUUAACAAUGUAUCAUAUGGAGGUCUAAUCAUGACACUAAACUAUAAAGCUGCCACCAAUUGCAAGGUACAGAAACUAAUUUUUCCAUUCUUUGUAAUGUUCAACAUGUAAUUUACUGCAAAGAUGUGUAGGAGGCCAAAAAAGGAGAAACUGCUGGUAUUGUUAAAAAGUUCUAAGUUCAAACCUAGUACUGAUUUCAUUUUCAGUGGUAGCAUGCCACAGUGGAAAUGGGAUUUGAGGUCAGACAAGGUCAGGCAUUUCUGCCUGUUAUUUAAUGGGUGUAUAUGGGUAAGUUGUUUAACUUAUUUCAGUUUUCUCAUCUGUAAAAUAAAGAUAUACCUAUUUCACAGUUAUUAUGAAACUUACUUAGAAAUCUCAGAAAAGCAUCCAGCACAGUGCCUGGAGUGUAGCAGCUACUAUUACUAUUGCUACGUGUGUUUAGUAGACUUAAUGACACAGCAGCCAUAAGCACUUUACAUAUUGAUAAAAUUAGAAAGUAAGCUUUAAAUAAAAAGCAUUUUACAGUCUUCAGAUUCAAAACCCUUAUUUUAUAACACUGAUGGUAAUAUAACUCUAGCAGUAGAAUUUUCCCUAAUGGGAAUAUAACUUACCACAAGACCAAGAGCUACUAGGGGUUCACCUUCAUUCAAAUGAUAGAGGAAAGAUCCUCCAUAGGUAUGUCUGUCCAAGGGCCAACCAACAGUGUGAUCUACUCUCCCAGGUUUCCAGUUCUUUUCAUCAAUAACCCAUAACUAAAAAACCAAAAACAAACAAAAAAAUAAGUCCUGCAGUAUUUUAAAAAUGUUUUUAUGUCACCACAAUGCAUAAAACUUGCCAGGUUUAAUGUCUUAUUUAUGAAAAUUAUAAGUGAAAAACUGUAAUAUAAGAAUACAACAAAAUUACUUCAAAUAUCAAAGAAGGCUGGGCACGGUGGCUCACACCUGCAAUCCUAGCACUUUGGGAGGCUGAGGUGGGCAGAUCACUUGAGGUCAGGAGUUCGAGACCAUCCUGGCCAACAUGGUAAAACCCCGUCUCUACUAAAACUACAAAAAUCAGCUGGGCAUGGUGGCGGACGCCUGUAAUCCCAGCUACUCAGGAGGCUGAGGCAUGAGAACUGCUUGAACCCGGGAGGCAGAGGUUGCGGUGAGCCAAGAUCAUGCCACUGCACUCCAGCCUGGGUGAGAGAGCAUGACUCAGUCUCAAAAAAAAAUAAAUAAAUAAAAAAGAAUACAGGUGGAUCACCUUGAAUAUCCGAGAAAAUUAUAUCAAACUGCAGCAUGAGUCAGAGUAAAGAAACAGAUCAGAAAACUUAUGAACUCUUUAAGACAUUAAAUAGAUUCUCAAAUUGGUAAAGACUUUUAUACAAUUACAGGAAAUUAGGAAACCCUACUGAAAGGCUGAGGGAAAGUUCUGCGGUACUAGUAGUGUUCUCUAUCUUCAUCUGGGUGACAGCCACAUGGGUAUGUUCACCAUGUAAAAAUUAAUGUAGCUGUACACUUAAGGUCUCUUCAUAAUAGACGUGUCUUCUCCAACAAAGUAAUUUAUUCACGCUACCCUGCCCCCCACAAUUGAAAUAAAUUGUUCACCCUCUUUUCAGACUGGUACAUUUUAAAUUCUGAACAAUUUCUAUCUGAAAUGUUAUCUAAGUCAGAUAAUAUUAUGUGCAAUCAGACACAUGCAAUCUAUCAAAACAAACCCUUAUUCACAAUAUAAUGAAUCUAGUUUUAUAUAGACUUUGAACCCUUCUGAGAUUUAACCUAAAAUAAAUUUUUUGUUGUUAAUUACUAUAUUUUUUAUUUUUUUAGAGAUAGGAUCUUACUCUGUCACCCAGGCUAGGGUGCAGUGGUAUGAUCACAGGUCACUGCAGUCUUGAUCUCUUGGAGUGAAGUGGUUCUCCUGCUUCAGCCUCCAGAGUAGCUGGGACUACAGGUGUGCACCACCACACCUGGCUAAUUUUUAAAUUUUUAGUAGAGAUGAGGUCUCACUACAUUGCCCAGACAGGUCUUGAACUCCUGGACCCAAGCAAUCAUCUUGCCUUGGCGUCUCAAAAUGCUGGAGUUAUGGGUGUGGGCCACCAUUGCUAGCUCCACAAAAAUAUUUAAGCAAAAGGGUUAUAAUGAAAAUUUUACAUUUACAUUCUAAUAAGCCUAGGAUUUGGGAAAAUAAGACUAGAGAAUGGAUAAAUUGAGAAAAUGUACAAUACACAACCUAAUUAAAUUUUAGGUUGCAGAUUAAUAUACUAUGGCUGAGUGUAUCUUUCAUAAAGAAAAUUAUCUUCACAUUACAAUUUUGAAAAAAUAAUUCUUUGUAGGAUGUGGUCAUCCUACAAACAGCAUAUGGAUCACAAGAACAAUCCUAACAGGGCAGAUGGCAUUACAAUGAAAAUAAAAAAGAUUCAAAUAUUCACAAGUUCAAGAUUCACUUCAAGCAACACUUGAUACAACAAUUCCAACAUGUAAAACUAACUUAACCAGUAAUAGAAUUUGAUCAGUAAUAUCUUCUAGCCCCUUGAAAAAUAUCCCAAAUAGUUUUAGUCAUAAUGAACAUUUCAAGACAAUGAAAAAAUAUAACUAAAAUUAAAUCAGUAUUAUAAACUACCUGAUAAUACAAAUAAAUUUAAAUUCCAUCUUUCAAAAUUAAAAUUACAGAGACAAACCAGGAUACCUCCUUCAGUCCAAUCCCGUAGGUUUGAGGUUCACAAUUUGCUCUCAAAUCAAACUUCUUAUAUAGUUGCUUGGCUAGAUGUCCAUGGCAACCUUCUGCAAAAAUUGUGACUUUAGCAUGUAGUUCCAGUCCUCUCUCAAAUGUUGCCUAAAAAGCAAAAACAUGUUAAAUGGCAACAUUUGACAAUUUAAAAUACAUUCACAUUCUGGUUAGAUUUAAAUUGAACUAUGAUUCAGAUGUAGAAGAGACAGUGCAAAUGUAUAAUAUUAUAAAGAAUCACAUAGUAAAUAUAUAAUAUAUAGAAUCAUAUAAUCUUACUCUUCUCACUUAAAAUACCUCAUGGAAAUCUUUUCAAGUCACUGUAUAGCUCAAAUCUUUCUCUUUAAUGGCUAGGUAGUAGUCCAUGUAGAGAGACAGGAUAGAUUAUCCAGCUCCUCUGCCAAUGGAUAAUAGCCAUUCACUGUUUCCAGCUUAUGCAUGAACAUAAACAAUGUUAUAAGAUAUAAACACUCUUGAAUAUAUAUUUAAUAUAGAGCUGACCCUUGAACAAGAUGGGUUUGAACUGUGUGGGUUCACAUAUACAAGGAUUUAUUUUUAACCAAAUAAGGAUUGAAAAUACAAUAUUCACCAGAUGUGAAACCCGAGUAUAUGGAAGACCGAUUUUUCAUACAUGCAAGUUCUGCAGGGCUAACCUUGGGACUUGAGUAUGCAUGAAUUUUGGUAUACUUGGGGGGUUCCUGGAGCCAGUCUACCGUGCACACCAAGGGACACCCGUAUACACGUACCAUAUUGGUGCUUUUAUUCCUAUAAGAUAGAUUCCCAGGAGUGGCCCUCUUAGAUCAAAGGGUACAUCUAUUUUUUUAAAAUUGAUAUUAUCAUAUUACUUUCCAAAAAGCCUGAAGCAAUGAAUGUAUUUCCAUCAGUAGUAUAUAAGACCCUUUCCCUAUAGUACAGUUAGUGACAGAUAUAAUUGUUCCUUUUACAUUUUUGCUAGUGUGUCAAGUGUGAUAACUCACUACUAUUUUAAUGUUUUAAUUUUUUUUUUUUUUUGAGACAGAGUUGUGCUCUUGUUGCCCAGGCUGGAGUGCAAUGGCACGAUCUCGGCUCACUGAAACCUCUGCCUCCAGGGUUCAAGCGAUGCUCCUGCCUCAGCCUCCUGAGUAGCUGGGAUUACAGGCACUCGCCACCAAGCCCAGCUAAUUUUUUGUAUUUUUAGUAGAGAUGGGGUUUCACCAUGUUGGCCAGGCUGGUCUCGAACUCCUGACCUCAGAUGAUCCACCCACCUCCGCCUCCCAAAGUGCUGGGAUUACAGGCGUGAGCCACAGUGCCUGGCCCUCAAUACUAUUUUAAUUUGCACUUCCCUGAUUACUAUUUUGAGCAUCUUUUCUUUUUGGUUCAAGAAAUAGUGAAUGAAUAUCUACAAUGUGCCAGGUUCUGUGCUAGGCAUUGGGAAUACAUGGAUGAAUUAAAAAAAAGAUAUGUUCCUUUUCUUUGGACUAGCCAUAGAGACAGACGUUAAAUAAAUACAUGAGUAUAUAAUUACAAAUUGUUUAAGUGCUAUGAAAGAGAGCAGAGGGUAUUACAAGGGAGAAUAAUAGAAGCCAGCUAUUCUAGAUUGAGUGAACAGGAAAGUCCUCUUUGAAGAAAUGACAUUUAACCUCUGGACUCUGAAAAAAAACUUAUUUAAGUAUCUUUACUUAUGAUUAGUGGUCAUUGGAGUUGUUCCUCUAUGAAUUGUUAAUUUUUUAGACUCUACCCAUUUUUCCAAUGUGUUGUCUUUUUUCUUGUCGAUGUUUAAGUGCUCCUUGAUAUUACAGAUAGUCAAACAUUUACAGACUUUACAGUAUAUUUUGGUAUAAAGAAGUGUUUAACUUUUAUAUAUUAAGUUAAAAAAGGUUUGGUUUUUUUACAGGUUUUUAGUAUCUUGUCGCUGUAGGGUGGCUUACCCUACCCCUAGAUUGUUAACUGUCAUCUCUUAGAUUUCUGAUUUGUAUUGUUUUAGAUCUUUAAAUCACCAGAAAGAAACAACCAGCAAACCGGGGUCCAACUCUAUUUGCUUCCAGAUGGAUAUAGUUUCCCCAGCACCACUUAUAAAAUAAUUCAAUCUGUAUGAACUAAAAUAUUAAUUAACAUAUUUCUGUUUCUUCUUAGAGGUAACAUGCCCUUUAGUGUUCAAGGGAAAGGCCGUGGAACCACACAGCCUGUAUUCAAAUCCCAGCCCCACUACUUACCAGGUGUCUGACCCCAGCCAAGUUACUUAACCUCUGUAACUUAAAAAUGUCCAAAUCAGAAUUCUUAUAAUAAGAUGCAUAUUGGAUAUAGGAACCAAGAGAAGGCUGUAAGAGAGCCAAGUCAAAAAAGUGUUUCAAGAAGGAAAACAUAAUCCAACUGUGUCAAGUGCUACCCACUAGAAGAUCAAGUAAGGGAAAACAGAGACCUGUCCAGCAGAUUGGCAAAAUGGAGGUAUUUGUGACUCUAACAAGAGCUGUUUCAGUGAAAUGGCAGAGAGAAAGUCUAGCUACAGUGGGUUAAAUAGAGAAUGGAACAACACAUUAAACAGAAUCUUUGAUUUUCCCCACUCUAAUCUUGUGGUAGUACUAUCUUUAAAAACUUAGAUUUUGGGGCUCAAAUUACUAAGACUCCAUUGUACUCUUCUAUGCUAUUAGAUCUCUAUAAAUACAACAUACAAAAUAUAAACGUUUUUACAAAUGCAAAGCAUAAAGUUAAAAACCAUAUAUAUGUCUAUUUAUUUAUUUAUUUAUUUAUUUUAUUUAUUAUUAUUUUUUUUUUAGACGGAGUCUCACGCUGUCGCCCAGGCUGGAGUGCAGUGGUGCGAUUGUGGCUCACUGCAACCUCUGCCACCUGAAAUAAGCCCAUAUUUGAACAAAUGAGAACACACAAAAAUGAAAUGUCAGAAUGGUAGAAAUUGAGUACUUCAAUUUUGUUAUAAAAUACAAAAAUAUUUAGACUAAAAUAUAAUUUAUAAUUAGUCAUAAUAUAGAAAAGAACCAUAAUAUAUGAAAAACCAUAUUCUUUUACUGAGAGGCAGUAUGAGACAACAGUUCUUUACAAACCUGGCUAUGCAUCGGAAUCCCUGGAGGCUUGUUAAAAAACAGCUUCUUAGGCCUUACUGCAGGACAGGCUGAGCCCCAAGAUGUCACAUGAUUCUGAUGUGGCCAGUUAAACCACUAGGAUUCCCAAACAGGAUUUGCCAUUUGCCUUUUUUUUUUUUUUGAGACGGAGUCUCGCUCUGUUGCCCAGGCUGGAGUGCAGUGGUGUGAUCUCGGCUCACUGCAAGCUCCGCCUCCUGGGUUCACGCCAUUCUCCUGCCUCAGCCUCCCGAAUAGCUGGGAUUACAGGCGUGCACCACUACGCCCAGCUAAUUUUUUUGUAUUUUUUUUUUUAGUAGGGACAUGGUUUCACCGUGUUAGCCAGGAUGGUCUCUAUCUCCUGACCUCGUGAUCUGCCUGCCUCAGCCUCCCAAAGUGCUGGGAUUACAGGCGUGAGCCACUGCGACGGGCCGCUAUUUGCUUUUAAAGCAGGAAAUGUGAGAAGGAGAAAGUCUGCUGGAAGAGACUCUAGAUUCCUAAUUCCAUUCCAAGAGUGGCAGAGAGGAGGAUAAACUAUCAGUUGACAAAUAUUUACUGAGACCUAAUAUGUACCUGGCAUUAUGCCAGGCACUGGAAUAACCCCAGGAUCUCCAUCCUUAGGGAGCUUAUAAUCUAGUUGGGAAAUUGGAUAAUAAAUAAACCUGAAUAGACAGGUUAGUUGAUUGAGAUGUUAAUUUGUGUUUUGUUCAUAUUAUAGGACAGCAAGCUAUUUUUUUCCUUAUCUUUUCCAAAGAGUGAGAAUUCUACGUUCUAAUGGUUUUGCUUUCAGAUUCAAAAAUACAAGAUGUGAAAACCUGAAAAUUAUCCAGGUUUAUAUUUUGAAUGGGAGGUGGAGAAUCAGUUUUAUAUCUACCAAAAGAUGUUAAAAUCAUGUCAAAGUGCUUAAGAAUAUUGUGAUGAAGGCCGGCCACCGUGGCUCAUGCCUGUAAUCCCAGUACUUUGGGAGGCCGAGGUGGGUGGAUUACUAGGUCAGGAGUUCAAGACCAGCCUGGCCAACAUGCAAAACCCUGUCUCUACUAAAAAUACAAAAAGUAGCCAGGCAUGGUGGCGCAUGCCUGUAAUCCCAGCUACUCGGGAGGCCGAGGCAAGAGAACUACUUGAACCUGGAAGGCAGAGGUUGCAGUAAGCCAAGGUCACGCCACUGCACUCCAGCCUGGGCAACAGAAUGAGACUCCAUCUCAAAACACAAACAAACAAACAAACAAGUCAAAGUAUAUCACUAUUUACCUACUGAUAGUAAUGCAAAAUGAUUCUUGUCCAAAGAAAUUAAAAUUGUGGAGAAAUAAAAACUGCGGAAAUUAUUUUCAUCUGAUGUACUUGGUUAAUGCAGUGGAUUGAUGGCCUAUAAAUGUGUAUAUGUUUGAAUUCUCCUUGCACUGGCUGUAACAUCUUACUGAUUCUCUCCUUAACUAAAUGAAAUAAAAUCUUUGACAUGUGUUUGA